AUCGAACAGCUGGCUAUAUUGGCUUUGUGACGCAUUGAUUGAUCGGUGAUUGACUUCACGGCCCGGUGUGGGAGGGGACCGGUGACUGUGGCAGAUCACACCCGGCAGACGGUGUGUUCUCAGCGGGCAGGAUGCCAUGUGGAUGCGGGCUGCUGUCCUGCAGGAUGCAGGUUACACCGCCGCCUCCGAGCCGCUGAUUAGCACCGCGACAGGCCGGGGAGGGAGACCCGAGCAGCCCGCAGACCUGAUGACUUUCUGCACACUCGGGUGCUUCCUCCGGAGCAGACAGGCAGCCGCUCUCCUCCGCGUCUCCCCGGCCGCAUCUCUGUUGGCGGCUGGCCGUCGGGUCCCCGGGCCCCAGUCCUCUGUCUCCCCGCCGGUUUCAGCAUCUGGACCCGGACCAGGUUCAAGUCAGGAGGGGAGGUUUCCAGCAAAGGACGCUGUCGCAGUUACAUUUUGAACACAGUGACAAAAUGCGAGGUUGAAACACACAAAGUGAAGCUGACAGUUGUUGAUGUUAAGUAGUUUUCAGCGGGUUUGGCUGCUGUUUUCGCCGCUGUCUCUGGUUUCAUCCUCCGCCUUUGUCCUCAUGUUUUCUCCCGGAGUUCCUCCCCCUGCGGCGCUGGGCGGAGUUUCAUACCGGACUAGACGCUCCUUUUGUCGGAUUCGUUUCGAGCUGACUCCCCGGGGUUUACGGCUGAAAAAAACACACUUUGAAAGUCCCGAAAUAACCCAAACGACCACAGUGGUGUGCAGUGUGAAGCCGGGUCUCUGUCUCAGGCUGAAGCAGAGGGAGGGGGCGGAGUCUUCUCCGUCAGUCGCUGCAUGAUGAACGGCAGCAGCAGCGUCUCCACGGCUCAGAGUGCCAGGAUCAAAAGUGAACCAGCAGAUGAUUGGACAAAGGAGGACUGUCUGACUCUGUUGGAGAGGAUUCGCAGUCUCCUGCCGGACGCAGACGGGAUGAAGUAUAAGACCACAGAGUCGCACUUCGACUGGGACAAAGUUUGUUUCGGCAGCUUCACCGCAGAAAUGUGCCGCCAGAAAUGGCAGAAAGUCUCAUCAGAGGUUCGAAAGUACAGAACAAUGACGGAGCUCAUCGUGGACGCCAUGGAGUUCGUCAAGAAUCCGUAUAAAGGCAAGAAACUGAAGACUCAUCCAGAUUUCCCAAAAAAACCCCUGACUCCAUACUUCCGCUUCUUCAUGGAGAAACGAGCCAAGUACGCCAAAAUCCACCCGGAGAUGAGCAACCUGGACCUGACCAAGAUCCUGUCCAAGAAGUACAAAGAGCUGCCUGACAAGAAGAAGCAAAAAUACAUCACAGAGUUCCAGCGAGAGAAGGAGGAGUUUGAGAAGAACAUGGCUCGAUUCAAGGAGGACCAUCCGGAGCUGAUCGAAGAGAGGAAGAAGUCCGACCUGCCAGAGAAACCCAAAACUCCUCAACAGCUGUGGUACAACCACGAGAAGAAGACCUACAUGAAGCUCCACCCAGAGGUGAGUCAGAAGGAGCUGAAGGAGGCUCUGAGGAGACAGUGGUCCCAACUGUCUGACAAGAGAAGACUCAAGUGGAUCAGCAAAGCCCUGGAGCUCCAGAAGGACUAUGAGGGCAGUAUGAGAGCGUAUCAUGAAGCUCACCCUGACGUGAACUCUGACGAUCACGUCCGCUCGGUCCUCACUAAAGCAGAGAGACAGCUGAAGGACAAGUUUGACGGACGGCCUACGAAACCACCGCCUAACGGCUACUCUCUGUACUGUGCGGAGCUGAUGGUGAACAUGAAGGAUGUCCCGAGCACGGAGCGGAUGGUGCUGUGCAGUAAACAGUGGAAGAUGAUGACACAGAAAGAGAAGGACAUGUUCCAGAAACGCUGCGAGCAGAGAAAGAAGCAGUACGACAUCGACCUGCAGCGGUUUCUGGAGAGUCUCCCAGAGGAGGAACGAGAUCGAGUCAUGGGUGAGGAGAAACUGGGUGGAGCCAGACUGGGAGGGGGUGUGGCCGCCAGCCCGCACAGAGCCAAGUCUCCUUCUGUCAAGGAGCGGUGUCGGGAGGCGGAGCCAGAGACGUGGGCACCUGCCGGACCACCGAAAGACAGACGGGAUGGGAAGAAGGCGGCGAAGCUUCCAGUGACGCCAAAAACAGCCGAGGAGAUGUGGCAGCACAGUGUGAUCGGAGACUACCUGGCUAAAUACAGAAGCGACCGCAGGAAGGCUCAGGUGGCGAUGGAGGCGGCCUGGAAGUCGAUGGAGAAGAAGGAGAAGAUUCCUUGGAUCAAGAAGGCAGCAGAGGAUCAGAAGCGUUACGAGGUUCAGUACCAUCCCGUGAGGGAGCUGUUGGAGAUGAGAGCUCCAGCGGCGGCAGCAGUGCCGGCUCAGAGCCAGAGGAAACCCAAGUUUGAUGGAGAACCGAAGAAACCUCCAGUGAGCGGGUAUCAGAUGUUCUCCCAGGAGCUGCUGACCAAUGGCGAGCUGAAUCACUUCAGCCUGAAAGAGCGCAUGGUGGAGAUCGGGAAGAGGUGGCACAAACUGAGCCAGAGUCAGAAAGACAAGUACAAGAAGAUGGUGGAGGAGCAGCAGGUGGAGUACAAGGCCGAGCUGGAGGACUGGGUCAAGUCUCUGUCUCCUCAGGACCGAGCCGUCUACAAAGAGUUCUCCUCCUCGAAACGUCGCAGCACCACAAAAGUUCGCAGCAGUCCUGGAGCUAAAGUCCGUGUGACGGCGAAGAAGGCGGCCAGUUCAAGAGCCACCACGCAAACGGUCGGCGUGAACAAGAGAGCCAUGGCCUACAGAGCCAAGGACAUGACCGACUCAGACGAGGAGAAGAGUGACUCGUCUGACUCUGACGAAGACGACGAGACUUCAGGAAGCACCGACAGCGACGAUGAGGAUGAUGAGAAUGACGAUGAGGACGAGGAUGACGAGGACGAUGAAGAUCAGACCUCCUCAGAGGAAUCUAGUGACUCAGACUCGGACUAGCCCCGCCCCCUCCCCCUCAUUGGAGAGGAAAGGCUGUGCAGGCCACGCCUCCUCACAUGCCAAUCAUCCAGGCGGGCCAAUGAGAGAGGGUGACGCCAUGCCGCGGGGGCGGGGCCUGAAGGAGCGUUUUGUUACCUGUGUGUUUGUUUUAUUGAGUGUUUGUUGGUUUUUAUCUGAUGAACGUUUCAGUAGGGCGGAGAGCCGUUUCUUUUGUUGUUUUUUGAGCAGUGGAUGGGGCGGUGCUUGUACAGAGUUUGACAGACAGGGGGAGGGGCGGAGCCUAUUGGCUGUCGUUUGUUACAGCUGAGGGAGGAGCCAGUGUUCAGCCUCCAAUCAGAUGCCUGCCUGAGAAAAUUAAUUAAUAAAUGCACUUUUUCUCAU